AUGUCUUUGCAGCAGAUCGAGCAGCUUCCUGACAUGUAUGAUUUGAUUUGGGUACAGUGGGUAUUGCUGUACCUCACAGAUAUAGAUUUUGCAACUGUGCUGCAACAGCUACGCAGAGCACUGCGACCAAAAGGGCUUUUGAUCAUCAAGGAAAACUGCUUGUUGAACAAGUCUUCAGGUUGGGUGGAUCACCGUGACAGCUCCUUGUGCCGCUCCGACGCUGAGCUACGGAACCGCUUCGCCGAGGGCGGCUUUGGGCUGGUGGCACAACAACAACAGCAAGACUGGCCAGACAGCUUGCUGCCGGUGAUGAUGUAUGCCUUGCAAUGA